AUGGACUCCCGACAGUCCACAGGCGAUCCAGCGGAUAGAUUUCGUUUCUCAGGCAAUGGCCAGGGCCUCCCGCCACCUCUGGAGGCAGGGCAUACCCCCACCACAAGAAUUCCUUCCUCAGGAUUAUUCGACUACCUUAGGAAUGUCGACUGGCCCAACGUAACAUGCUGCCCCCGGGCUUCGUUUGCCUCCAGCCCUUAUGCAGUGUUUCAAAUUCCUAUAUUUCCUUCGGACUCUCCCCUCGGACAGCGGCUGACGUUCCUCGAGGCUUUCAAUCAAAGCCAGGGUUUUAUACAAGGUCCUUCAUCGGCCUUUCCAGCUACCGAUCUUCUAGAUCUCUCGAUAAACCUUCUGGUCCGCCGAGUGCUGAGUGACCCUCGCGUCGCGCAGACUUAUACAUUCGAGGAGCUCACCGCUAUUUAUGCGCCAUACGUCCGCUACGGAUAUUACUGGAAGGUGUUCAAGAACUUGCUCCAGACGGAUGAGGUGCUGCUCAUUAACCCCUCAUACUCUUUCGAUGCUGGCGAUUCCGGCGUCACAUUCGAGAGCGCCCAGCUGGUUUGGCUGUGCCCUGAAGUCGGUCUAAAACAGCUCUGCCAAAGGCUCUCGGGCCUCACCCGGAUGAUACUCGACCUGGCGCGAACGGAUCCGCGUUCGGAGGAGCGGAAGUUCCUCGCAGCGUCGAUAAGCCUCCGCGUCAGGCAGGUUCUUGGCACCCCGCUGGCCGAUACUCAGGCAUUCCCGUCCAGUAUCAGGCCCUUGUUUUCUAUGAUGCUGACGGAUGGUGAAAAGACGCCCCGGGCGCAGUCCGUCGCCCACGACGUGUCUGAAAAUGGGCUUUGGCCAACGCGGGUCGAACCCGGCAUAAUGCUUCCUCCGAUCACGAUUUCCACCGGCAUGGUAAAGAAGGAGGAGGAACUCGGAGCUACUCCAAUUUAA